AUGGGUACAUUAAUUAAGGAAUUAUUUAAAUGGCCAUUAGUUGUACGUCUUCGAACACCAGAUAAUGAUGAUGAACAUGUUGAUAGACUUAAUCAUCGUGUUACAGUUGGAUUAAUACUUAUUGCUGUUUUUAUAACAUCAACAACAUCAUUUGUUUCAAAUCGAAUAUCUUGUUGGUUACCAACUGAACUUAAACAUGCAAGUUAUCCAAAAUAUAUAGAAAGUUAUUGUUGGAUUAGUAAUACAUAUUAUAUACAUUCCAGUAUGACUCCACCACAUUCGGAUGAGGAUAGAAGACGAGCUCAAAUAGGUUAUUAUCAAUGGGUACCUAUUCUUUUAUUAUUAAUGGCAUUAUUUUUUUAUGCUCCUCGAUUAUUUUGGCGUUCAUUCAAUGCUCAUUGUAGUAUUGAUAUUCAAAAUUUAAUAAAAAAAAGUCAAAUUUCAACUAAUAAUUCAACAAAAACAGCAUCAAAAACACUUGAUUAUUAUUGUCAAACAUUUAAAACUAAACAUUCACAUAGUUCAAUUAAUAUACAAGCAUAUAUUCGUCGAAAUAAACAUCGAGGAAAUUAUUUAUUUUCUCUAUAUUUUUUAACACGUUUAAUGUAUUUAAUAAAUUCUAUAUUUCAAUUAUUUUUACUUAAUGCAUUACUUGGUCAUCGUGGUAAUGCAUGGUUUCUUGAUAUUGAUAUAAUGAAAUCAAUAUUUCGUUAUGGUAAUCCACUACUUGAUUCACCUUAUUUUCCUCGUGUUACAUUAUGUGAUGUACCUAUACGUGAAAUAGCUAUAAUUCAUCGUUAUACACUUCAAUGUGCUUUACCAAUAAAUAUGUUAAAUGAAAAAAUUUUUGUUGCAUUAUCAUUUUGGUUUAGUUACGUAAUUCUUCAUAAUAUAAUAAGUUUUAUUAUAUUAAUUAUUCAACAAUUUAAAAAUCAACGAAUUAAAUAUAUUGAACGUUUAACAACAUUAAUUGAUGGUGAUAAAAAAGAUUAUAUUGAAGAUUUUACUGUAGAUUAUUUAACGUAUGAUGGUAUUUUUUUAUUACGUUUAAUAAGUCAUAAUUCAAGUGAAUUACAAGCAAUGGAAACUAUUAAAACUAUGUUUGAAAAUUUUAAACGUAGAAAAUAA